AUGGCACGGAUGAACCGUCCCGCCCCGGUGGAGGUGAGCUACAAGAACAUGCGCUUUCUCAUCACACACAACCCCACCAACGCCACCCUGAGCAGCUUCAUCGAGGACCUGAAGAAAUAUGGGGCCACCACAGUGGUGCGCGUGUGUGAAGUGACCUACGACAAGGCCCCGCUGGAGAAGGAUGGCAUCACGGUUGUGAGGGGGCUAGCCCAGCCUCGGAGGCAGGAGGCUGCACACACCUGGGCUCCGGUCCUUGUGGCGCUGGCUCUCAUUGAGAGCGGGAUGAAAUAUGAGGACGCCAUCCAGUUCAUCCGCCAGAAGCGCCGUGGGGCCAUCAACAGCAAACAGCUCACGUACCUGGAAAAGUACCGGCCUAAACAGAGACUGCGAUUCAAAGACCCACACACGCACAAGACCAAAUGCUGCGUCAUGUAGCUCAGGACCUUGGCAAGGCCUGGGGCCUGCGGUGGCCCUGCCCGGCCCUGCCCUGCCCAGCAGGGCCUCCGUGCCUUGGCCGGCCCCCAUCACGCCUUUUCUUUCCUGACGCCUCGGCACACCUGUGUCCGAGGAGUCCGACUGCACCACGUAUGCCCUCUCUCUGCCUCUCUCUCUCCGUCUCUGUCCCUCCCUUUGUCUCUGUGCCCAAGACUGUCUCCCUGCGGCAGGCCGGGACCCUUUUCUCUGGGCCUCCUGCCAGCGCCCCCCGGCACCACCCUCAGACAGGCCUCCUCUCUGGCCUGUUUAUUGAGGGGUUGGGGGUGUAUGUUUUUUAACCACUGGGCUCAGCCCCUCUGCGGCCCCCUGCCCUGGCCUGUUCUCGGCACCUUAAAUUAUUAGAUCCCGGGGCAGUCAGGUGUUCCGGACACUCGAAGGCAAUAAAACAGGAGCCGUG